AUGGGUUUAGUUGAUAAACCUAUUAUUAUUGAUGGAAAAGAUCAUCUAUUGGGACGGUUGGCAUCAGUUGUUGCCAAACAGCUUCUCCUUGGUCAGAAAAUUGUUGUUGUGCGAUGCGAAGAUAUUGCUAUUUCUGGUAAUUUUCAUCGUUCCAAACUAAAGUUUAUGAGCUUUCUGCGUAAGCGAUGCAACGUUAAACCGGCGCGUGGUCCAUACCACUUCCGUGCACCAAGCCGUAUAUUUUGGCGAACUGUUCGUGGUAUGUUACCACACAAAACACAUCGCGGAAAGGCAGCACUGCUUCGUUUGAAAGCGUUCGAUGGUAUUCCACAACCUUAUGAUCGAGUUAAACGGCAGGUACAUCCCGCAGCUUUGCGACAUUUGGCACUGAAACCACGAAGGAAGUAUUGCACAGUUGGACGUCUCGCGCAUGAGGUGGGCUGGCAGUAUCGUGAUAUAGUUGCAAAGCUGGAAGCCAAAAGAAAAGUUAAAAGUGCUGCAUUUUAUCAGCAUAAAAAGAUGAAAUCGAAAUUAUUCGCAGAGGCAUUGAAAUCAGAUAUUGUUAGAAAUUCACCUUAUCAAAAGCUGAUAGAAUCUUAUGGUUACCAGUAA